AUGUCCCAAGAUACCACGCCGGCAGCAGAGACCCCGGAAGUGUUGCCAGCCAUGGCUUCACAGCGGACACACCCACGUCGCACCGCGCCCACGGGUGGCCCCUUUCCUCCAACAACAUUGCGUCGCCAGAACGCCCAAGUCCUCCUCCCAGAGGAUUUCAUUCAUGAAGCCCGCCGACAACCAGUAGCCUUUUCCAACGGCGUUCAGGAAGACGAGCCCGACUCCCCACCUACAAGCCAGGCCCGACAGGAUACUUCGACAGGAGACAACAGCAGUCGAGCUACAACACCACCUCAGGAAUAUCUGGCCAACUCCCCAGUUCGAACACAAGAUUUAGAAGUCACCGGCUCAUCAAGUCCUACCGAUGAGGACAUCCAGAGAAACGUUGAGACACUCCAACGUCGCCUUCGUGCAGGUGUCAUCACGCUUGUCCCCCGCCCUUCGCAGCGGGCCCAAACUCGGCCUCUGCUAUUUCAAGAACAACCCAGUCUUCAAGAUCGCAGACACCCGCGCAGUCCCAGCCUUGUUCCUCGCUCCUCCAGGCGCAUAAGGCUUACCUUACCCCCUGACGGCCCCGAGCCCGAAGUCGAUCCCUUCCGACCGCCGCCGCCGUACUCACCCCGUAAUCCCCGCCUACAUCCCACGAGCACGGACUACGACCUCACGACCAAUUUGUACGGCCGCCCUCACAACAAUGGUGCGCCGCCUCUCCCGCUCUACACCCCCAUCGCUGACCCCAGCGAACGCGUCCUCCAAUUUGGGGGAAGUGAGGAUGAGCAACGGAACGCCUUGGUGCGGUUGCGUGAGGAGAGGGGACGACAGCAACCCGAGGAGCGAUUGGGAGAGAUGCGGUUGCCGGACCGGGAAGGAAGAAACUACAAUGGAAUCGAAGAGUUGCAGUGGGUAAGAAACGCGGUGGCUGAAUUGGAUGUCGAGGAUGCGGGCUUGGAGGCCGACAUAAUUCGGCUAUUCAUGGACGACCCAUUCCCUUGA